CAUCCCGCUGACUGAGCGAGCGCAGCUGAGGGGGAGGAGGGCUGUGGGACUGAGGAGGAGCGCUGGGCGCACUCCGUGAGUUCCUGAACAUCACAGCGCCGGGAGCGCGUUGUGCUCGGUCGGGAGGCUGAAACAGCAGCGUUACAUUAGCGCUUGUGUCCGUGUUUCUGACCGUCCUGCUGCAGGCGCUCUUCAUCAUGGAGCUACCUGAGAACCUGGCGGGGGUUCCAGACACGAUAGCACUCCGGCUGCUCAACGAGUCGCUACUCCAGGGUAACAUCAGCGCUCUGGACGACACGGACGGACUUCUGCCCAUCAGCGUGAAGAUCACUGUAGCGGUGGUGUAUUUAAUCGUGUGCGUGGUGGGGCUGGUGGGAAACUGCCUGGUCAUGUAUGUCAUCAUCAGGUACACGAAGAUGAAGACGGCCACUAACAUCUACAUCUUUAACCUGGCACUGGCCGAUGCCUUAGUGCUGGCCACUCUACCUUUCCAAGGCACAGAUGUCCUGCUCGGCUUCUGGCCCUUUGGUCUGGCUCUGUGCAAGACGGUGGUGGCCAUAGACUAUUACAACAUGUUCACCAGCAUCUUCACUCUGACCAUCAUGAGUGUGGACCGUUAUAUUGCCGUGUGCCACCCGGUGCGUUCCCUGGCCGUACGAACGCCACACAGGGCCAAGCUGGUCAACGUGGCAGUAUGGGCGCUGGCGUCUGCCAUAGGAGUGCCUGUAAUGAUCAUGGGGCAAGUGGAAGUGGAGUCCAACGAUAUUGAGUGCAUGGUGGUCCUUCCUGACCCUCAAAGCUACUCCGAGCCUGUAUUCGGGACCUGUGUGUUCCUCUUCUCCUUUUUAAUCCCAGUGGCCAUCAUUAGUGUGUGCUACAGCUUGAUGGUGCGCCGGCUGCGUAGCGUGCGUCUGCUCUCCGGCUCCAGGGAGAAGGACAGGAACCUGAGGAGGAUCUCGCAGAUGGUGCUGGCUGUGGUGGCUGCCUUCGUGCUUUGCUGGAUGCCUGUUCAGGUCUUGGCUCUGAUUCAGGCCUUGGGGAAGGUGGACCUAGGGGGCAGCGAGGUUGCCGUAGCAGCAAUGCACUUCUGCAUCGCUCUGGGUUACACCAAUAGCAGCCUUAACCCCGUCCUAUAUGCCUUCCUGGAUGAAAAUUUCAAACGCUGCUUCCGCGAGUUUUGCCUGCCAGGUAACUCAGUCGUAGAACUAGAGGCACCGCGGAGGAAAUCAGCGAAGAAGGAGGGUGGAUGUGGCGUAGACGAAGAGCAAGAGUUCAUACAAGGAAAUAGAGGAGCUGUGGAAGAUGCUGCCACACCCAGGUGUGAAGAGUAGAACUUUAAACCCCAUAAUGCCUUUGUAAAGUACUUUAAAGAGACAGUUUGGCUGAAAUUUUAUUGCAAACCAUUUUCCCUUUACUUUCAGUGUGCUUGAUCAGCCAAGACAAGUGUAGUGUCCAAAGUGUGCCUUAAUAUACGGCAAGUAAUCCCAACCAACUUGAUAAUAACACUGUUUGUGUGGUUUCUGACACUGUAUGACAUACUGUUAUCUAAAGUAUGGACUUCAUCUAAAAGUCAACCACAUAGCUAAAAAUAGCAGUAGCAGCUGUCACUAAUGGACUAGUUUGGCAAAAAAAUCUACGCAAUUUUCCACUUAAGAUGUAGUCAAUCUGUUAAAACAUGUUUGGAGUCCAGAUUUUGCUUCUUUUUUUUAAGCACGAGCGCGGCUAACGUUGCUAACAAACACUGUAGUCACUCAAUUAUAUAUCCCCAAAUCUUCUCUUAACCUGCUCAAACCACAUUCAGGUCU